AUGACUGUCACGUACUCCAGUAAAGUAGCAAAUGCGACUUUUUUUGGAUUUCAUAGGUUACUCCUCAAGUGGAGAGGCAGCAUCUACAAACUACUGUACAGGGAAUUUAUUGUCUUUGCUGUUUUUUACACGGCAAUAAGUUUGGUGUACAGAUUGUUACUUACAGGAGCCCAAAAACGUUACUUUGAAAAAUUAUCAAUUUACUGUGACAGAUAUGCUGAACAAAUUCCAGUAACCUUUGUGCUUGGGUUUUAUGUCACUCUGGUAGUGAACCGAUGGUGGAACCAGUUUGUGAAUCUGCCCUGGCCGGAUAGGCUGAUGUUCCUCAUCUCCAGCAGUGUUCACGGAAGGGACGAGCACGGGCGCCUGCUAAGAAGGACGCUGAUGCGCUAUGUCAAUCUCACGUCUCUACUUAUCUUCCGCUCUGUGAGCACCGCUGUGUACAAAAGGUUCCCAACCAUGGACCACGUGGUUGAAGCAGGUUUUAUGACAGCAGAUGAAAGAAAAUUAUUUGACCAUCUCAAAUCCCCUCAUCUGAAAUACUGGGUUCCAUUCAUCUGGUUUGGAAAUCUUGCAGCGAAAGCCCGAAAGGAAGGUAGAAUCAGGGACAGUGUUGACCUACAAUCAUUGAUGACUGAAAUGAACAAAUACCGCUCUUGGUGCAGCCUCUUAUUUGGCUACGACUGGGUUGGGAUUCCGCUGGUCUACACCCAGGUUGUCACCCUGGCAGUCUACACCUUCUUCUUUGCCUGCCUGAUUGGACGCCAGUUUUUGGAUCCCACCAAAGGCUACGCAGGGCAUGACCUAGACCUUUACAUUCCGAUCUUCACGCUCCUCCAGUUCUUCUUCUACGCGGGAUGGCUCAAGGUAGCUGAGCAGCUUAUCAACCCAUUUGGAGAAGACGAUGAUGAUUUUGAAACCAACUGGUGCAUUGACAGAAACUUGCAGGUCUCUCUUUUAGCUGUGGAUGAGAUGCACAUGAGCUUACCUAAGAUGAAAAAGGACAUUUACUGGGACGAUUCUGCUGCUCGACCGCCCUAUACGCUGGCAGCUGCAGACUACUGCAUACCCUCAUUUCUGGGGUCAACUGUCGAAAUGGGACUGUCUGGAUCCGACUUCCCUGGCGAGGACUGGCUGUGGAGUUACGAGAAGCACGGCCACCGCCGUUCCGUGAUUAGGAGAGUCAAGAGAUUCCUGAGCGCCCACGAACACCCCUCCAGCCCCCGGAGGAGAAGCUACAGCCGGCAGGCCAGUGACAGCUCCAUGUUCUUUCCCCCAAGCGGUGAUGUCAGCCCAGCCAGGGAUCUGUUGGACGUGCCCUCCAGAAGCUACCACCGUGCCCCAGGCACCCCGAACCAGACCUGCCCCCCAGAGGGGAGCAUCAAGAUGUACUCCAGCCUGGGGGAGCUGUCCACCAUCAGGGAGACCAGCCGGACGAGCACUUUGCAGAGCCUGAGUCCACAGCCCAGUGUGAGGGUCUCCCCCACCAAAAUGCCGCAGGUGCCCGAGGUACUGAUCACAGUGGCCGAGGCAUCAGUGCCUGUGUCCGAUGGCUCCAUGGCCUCCAUUCAGAGUGCAGAGUUUACUGGGGUGGAGCCAAGUGGGACUGGACAGCAGGAGGUCCCCGUGGGAUUGAUUCCUUGCCCCUCAGAGAAAGGGACACCUCCGAGGGAUCCCAGUCCCCAGACUAGUUCUGCCAAAGAUGAAAGAAAUGUUCCCACAUUUGUCUCUGGGGAAGACCCUAAAGAUGACAAGUUCCUGAAAAGGUGGAGCCUCCCGGGGUUCCUGGAGUCCAGCCACACCUCCCCAGUGGGCCUCCGCCCAGAUCCCAUGAGCCCUGAGCCCAUUCUCUUACUCGACACAGAAACAUCUUCAGAGACCAGUGGAAUCAACAUCGUGGCUGGCUCUCGAGCCUCUCCUGAUAUGCUGUAUUUAAUGGAAAAUCUGGACACCAAGGAAACAGAUAUCAUAGAUUUUAACAAUGAGCCAGCUGAGGAACCACCCAAAGGAAAACCAGCCUCUAGGACCUGGUUCUAG